AUGUCUCAGAUGAUUAAUGAUUCGACAACCAUAAAACUUUUUGGGACAACCAUUUUUUUGACACACAACAUCUAUGUCUCUACCAAUUAUUCUUCCUCAAAACCUCCUCAUGAAGAUUUCUCUGAUCAUAGUCUUCAUUCAUCUGUAUCUUCAUCUUCUCCACAUGAUGUAAUCGUUUCACAACAAACCACAGAGGAUUUAAACACUCCCUCAGCUGAAACAGAAGCUUCACAACAGUCUUCCACAAAACUUGAUGAACAAAGUCAUAUGUCACAAGACAAAUCUCCAAAGAAACCAGACAAAAUUGUUCCAUGUCCAAGAUGCAAAAGCAUGGACACAAAGUUUUGCUACUACAACAACUACAACGUCAAACAGCCCCGGCACUUCUGCAAAAACUGCCAGAGAUACUGGACUUCCGGAGGAACCGCGAGAAAGAUGCUUGUAGGAGCAGGUCGCCGUAAGAACAAAGUCACUUCUUUUUCUUCCAAUGUCUUGCAUUAUCCUCAAAUGAGUACUGUCUUGACCUUUGGAUCAAAUUCUUCUAAUAUAACAUACUAUGGUGGUUUCUUGCAACCAUUAUGGAAUGUACAAUCUAUCCCAACACAAUCUUGUGGCCCAAGUAAACCUACUUUAGGGAAACAUUCAAGAGAUGGAGAUAUGAUCAUUCAUCCCAACUCAGAGAAAGAAAAACUUGGAUUAGAAAGUAACAACAAAGAAAGUAAUGAUACUAAUGAAGUGUUGAUUCCUAAGUUACUGAGAUUUGAUGACCCUAAUGAUGUUGCAAGGAGUUCUAUAUGGUCAACAAUAGGAACCAAGAAUGGAGGAGGAAUUUUCAAGGGAUUUGGAUCUAACUGUGACAAGAAGAAUAAUGUGGUUGAAGCAUCUUCAUCAAUAUUGAAAGCUAACCCAGCAGCUUUAUCAAGGUCUAUUGUGUUCCACGACAGAAUUUGA